AUGGAAUUUCCCGUGAAUGCCACCGAAUCGGCCGAUAACUUAACAGUGACCGCUGUGACCACCAACGAGAACUCGGAGCUGAAUCUACUGUACACGGUCUGCGAGAUCCUGGUGGCCGUGUGCGCGGUGUUCGGUAACGGUCUGGUGAUCAUCGUCUUCAGCAAAGAACGAAAGCUACGUCGACGUACGAAUUACUACAUAAUAUCGUUGGCCACCGCCGAUCUCCUGGUCGGCCUGUUCGCCAUACCGUUCGCGAUCCUCGCGAGCAUCGGCCUGCCGACGAAUCUUCACGCCUGCCUGUUCACCGUCUCGUUGCUGAUCGUACUCUGCACGAUCAGCAUCUUCUGUCUGGUCGCGGUGUCCGUGGAUCGUUACUGGGCGAUACUGCAUCCCAUGGGAUACUCGCGCACCGUACGCACGAAAACUGCCAUAGGUAUAAUUUGCGUGUGCUGGAUAGCCGGUACUCUGGUCGGUUUCUUACCGCUUUUCGGCUGGAACGCAGGCAAGAAGUCCAACGAGAAAUGCAUCUUCACCGAGGUGAUGGAUUACAAUUACCUGGUGUUCCUUUAUUUCGCCACGAUCAUCUUCCCGGCGCUAUUAAUCGCAGCCUUCUACGCCCAUAUAUACCGAGUGGUCGUAAAACAGUUACAGCAAAUAGUGACGAUGAAUCCCGGUCGGCGAAACGGGAAUCAGACCACGGGCACGAUGCUGCGUCUGCUAGGCGCCGCCCGAAAACGGGAAGUAAAAGCCACGCAGAAUCUCUCCCGUAUCGUCGCCUUCUUCAUCAUCUGUUGGUUCCCCCUGUACACCAUCAACUGCGUGAUGGCGUUCUGUCCCCGAUGCAAGGUGAACGACGUCCUGAUGAACUUCUGCAUUAUCCUGUCGCACCUGAACUCGGCCGGUAACCCGUUGCUCUACGCUUAUCAUCUGAAAGAUUUCCGUGCGGCGUUGAAGAACUUCAUGUGGAGGCUUCUGUUCCCGCACAGCGACGUGAAAUCCAGCGUUAUCAGCGUGAUCCACGACCGUGGAUCGUUGAUUGGUUCACAGAGACAGCUCAACAGGCAGGGCGGGUUGGCGACUGCGAGGGGCCAACGAUCCAGCUUGUUGCGCCAGGUGACUGACGUCAGAUUGAAACCCUCAUCCACGCCUAGGAACGUGUCGAUUCGUGAAAAAGAGGCAUCGAACGCGUCGAGCUCGUCGCAGAGCGAUAAACAGGAAGUGGACGAUUGCAAUAACGACAACGCGAGUCAAAACAGCAAUGAGAAUCAUCGUAGCGAGAGCGACAGUUACGCGAACAAUCGAAUCGAUUCAAAAGUACCCUCUAGUGUGUCAUCAAUGGAACUUCAGACGUAUAAGCCUCUGGUGCCGCUACUUCCGGCGGAAAUCGAUCAUUUAGAGGAAACACCACCGGCGUCCAUUUUUGUGAUCGAGGUGGACGUGAAUCGCGUCGAUUCCGUUCGUGAAAUGAUGGACGAAGAAUCGAUGGAAUGCACGGAUAAGGGUUGA